CAAUUUUUCAAUCACAUCGGAUAAACUGUACCGAGGUAAUAAACUGAGAUAUCAACAGCGCUUGUAGUUAGUGAUCUAUGGCUGUCGCUACAGUAACAUUCACCUCGCCGUAAAAGAGCGCGAUUUCACUUUCAUUUCAUUAUUUUUUAAUAGUAGAUUUAACAUAAACAAAAAUACAUCGUUAGAACAAUUUCGAAAAAGAAAUACACUAUCAUCAGCCAAAAUGAGGAACUCUCUCGUCGUCAUCGUGCUCAUUUGCUUCUCUCAAAUACACGCGAUACCACUAACCAAAAAAAAAGAAAAAUUCGUGCCAGCCGAGGACUCUAAGGAACAGUGCAUGAUAAAAUUCGGGCUCGAUCCAGAUUUCGUGGAUUACCUGAUCGGACUGCACAGACCGCAAAUCGAAAUCAAUGCCUAUAUCGGAAGUAAGCACUCGUGCAUUCACGCUUGUAUGGUGAAAUUGGAUCAAAAUUUGAACCCGUACGAUUACGUCGUCGAUCGCGUAUCCGCCGAUACCAAAGAGGAAUACGAGCGAUUGAUAAAGCUGGUCAAUAAAUGCAACGAGAAAGACUCCGGAAACGGUUGCGUAUUACUGGACUGUGUCAGACGGAACAAGGAGCUGAGAGAUUUCGUUUAUUAAUAAUAGUUUUUAGUCUAUAUGCAACCAUCAUAUAACGUUUGAUAUGUAACGUUUAAUUUCUGUAAAAAUCAUAAGAUUAUUCAUGAUGAAUUAAAUAUAUACGAUUAAAUAUUUUUUA